UUGGUCACUCAGAUUUUGUUAAUAACUCUGUAGAUCUCUCUGCUUUCUGUGUGCUUUUUCUGGGGCAACAUUUCCCUUCUAUUUGCUUCAUUCUCUUCCAUGGCUACAAUCACAAAUUUGUUGUCGAAACCACCAUCUUCUCUUUCAACCAUUCCUACGAUCAGUCCCCUUUGCUUCCGUGGUUCUUUCACAAUACCCUUUGCCUCUAAACAUAAACCUCUCGCAACAAAACUAUACCCAAACAGAACAAACUUCACUGUAAAGGCCACUGCUUCCCCUGACACCAAAAAGAAACCCGUUAAGGAUGAAAGGGUACAAAAAAUCCACAGUAUAGAGGAAUUCGAUGAAGCACUUAAAACGGCCAAAAAUAGGCUUGUUGUAGUAGAAUUUGCCGCCAGUAAUAGCUUUGAGAGCAGCAAAAUUUACCCUUUUAUGGUGGACCUUAGCCGAACAUGCAACGACGUCGAUUUCCUUCUUGUAAUGGGCGACGAAUCGGAAAAAACCAAACAACUUUGCAAGAGAGAGAAUAUAGAGAAAGUUCCUCACUUUAGCUUCUACAAGGGCAUGGAGAAGAUUCAUGAAGAAGAAGGAAUAGGACCAGAUCGGUUGAUGGGAGAUGUGUUAUACUACGGAGACAACCAUUCAGCUGUGGUGCAGUUGCAUUGUAGAGAAGAUGUGGAGAAACUGAUUGGAGAUCAUAAGGCUGAUAAAAAAUUGAUCGUACUUGAUGUGGGGUUGAAGCACUGUGGACCAUGCGUGAAGGUUUACCCAACGGUGGUAAAGUUGUCGAGACAGAUGGCUGAUACUGCAGUGUUUGCGAGAAUGAACGGUGAUGAGAAUGAUAGCUGCAUGCAGUUCUUGAGGGACAUGAACGUCGUCGAGGUACCUACAUUCUUGUUUAUAAGAGAGGGUAAGAUCUGUGGAAGAUAUGUGGGCUCUGGAAAAGGAGAGCUUAUAGGGGAAAUUCUUAGAUACCAAGGAGUUCGUGUAACCUAUUGAACUAGAUAAGAGUAUAAAAGUUAGACAAAAAUCACUGUAUGUGUGAUUUAUAAUUUUCAGUAAGAAUUGAAAAUGGCCUUUCUGAAGCUUCUUUUGCAGAUAUAUAUACCAAAAUAGUUGCUUUUGAUGGCA